AUGGCUCCGAUAACCAAAACACAACUCCAUCUAUUUUACAAAAUUGAUCGUGAGGUUUUCUGUUUCUUGAUCUACAGACUUCAUCGUGAUUUGACACAAUCGCUUCUUGUCAUGGCCUUGUGGCUUUGGUUAGAGAACAUUGGGUACCCCAGCCUCAUCCCUAGAGUGAUGGGUUUACCUCCUACGCUUGCCAAUGUUCUGAUUAAUGAAGCUUGGACUUGCUUGGAAUGCUUGGAAACAGAUAUCUCUGUCAUCCCAAGUGAUGGUGGUUUGCCCUUAACAAAAAGGCUCAUGCAAAGAGAUAUCUCUCUUAGAAUCUUCUAUUUAAAAAGGUACACUACGAUAACUGGAAUCAAAAGUGUUUUGAACAACAUCUGCGCUCAAAUUUUCGAUGAUAUUUUGAAAAUUGUUCUUAAAAGUCAAAACAUAAGUAAAGCUAGAAAAUAUAGCACAUCAGGUGCAAGCACUAGCACCUCAGGUGCUAGCACAUCACAAUCCAACACAUCAAACACCCCUUUGGUUGUUCCUGGUUUCCCACACCCUUUGUUUGGCACGUUUGAUUUGUUAAAAAGGAUUGUGAAUCUAGAUUUGCAAGAUCCAAGGAUAUGGUCUACAAGACUCUCUGAUGAUGUUACAGAUGAGGAUAAAAAAAUGUUUCUAACAUUUUCAAGGGGCUUUCCUGUGUCAGAAACAGAGGUGAUACAAUUGUUUAAAUGUCGUUAUGGGGAUUGUGUGCACAGUCUAGAUAUGGGGGAUGGUAACGUAAAUAAGCAGAAGUUGUUUGCUGUUUUGAUUUUAAAAACAGUUGCAAAUGUAGAUGAAAUUCUCAAGGGGAAUAAAGUUGCAAAGCUACAGAUCAAUGGGAAGCACAUUUGGGCUCGCAAAUAUGAGCCACAAACCAUCAAUCACAACAUGAUAAACUCUUCUUCACGUAACAUCAUCUUACGGCAUACCUCUGUCGUGAUCGCGACAUGUGGCAGAGGUAGAAAUAGCAGCUAUCAAAUCUCUGCGUGUCCAUGGUAGCUUUGUGGACCC